GCGGCUUUUACCCCUCGGCGCGGCGCGUCGGGACACGUUAAAAUGAUUUCUCGCCCCGGUUCCGGUCGUACAUCGUGCGCGCACCCCCGGCAGAGUCCGCGUCUCUCUCUUCCGCGCGGCCCGUUCCCGCCGUCCCUCUCCCGCGCCGCCGGUAAACACGGCCGGGAGUUAACGAAAUUCCGAUAACGAACGGUUCAACGUGGCCAACAUUUCUCUUCCUGUCCCGUAAACGACGCGGCGCGCGGCCCCCGCUCGCGACGAGCCGCCACGGGAAAUAGCUGCUCGGGUCAAAGAACAAUCCGCGCCCGCAAUCUGGAGAUUGAAACGAGAGAGGCCGCCCGCGCGGGAGAAAAAUCCGACGAAAAAAGGGAAAGAAGAAAGGGAGAAGGGCGGAAAGAAUGGAGCGAGGCACGCACGGCUCCGCCGUUGUGUUUCGUCUCUUUGAUUCCUCUUCGUCCCUUUCGUUCGCUCGGCGGUUCGCGUUUCGGUUCCCAACUCCCGCGGCUGGGAUUAUUCUUAUUGCUUUCUUCUAUGCUCUUCCCUUUCCCGUCGUCGUCCGUUGAUCUUCCCCGGGACCGUCCGCGCUCGGUCGUGUCGGUGCGGAAGUGCAAGGACUGGCGCGGGGCACCACCGACCACGGGAUGUUCGAGAACCUCGCGCUGGAGCCGCUCGACCGUGGACCGUACUUCGAGGUGGCCGCGUCUCGCAACGUCACCGCGCUCGUCGGGAAAACGGCCACCCUGAACUGCCGGGUCCGGAACCUCGGCGACCGUACGGUGUCCUGGGUGAGGCACAGGGACAUCCACCUGCUCACGGUCGGCGUCGAGACGUACACGUCCGAUCAGAGAUUCGUCGCGACGCAUUUCCCGCAGACGGAGGAUUGGACGCUGCAAGUGAAAUACCCCCAGCGACGCGACUCCGGCACCUACGAGUGUCAAGUGUCAACGACACCGCCGAUCGGUCAUUCCAUGCAUCUCUCGGUUGUCGAACCGGUGACGUCAAUUGUGGGCGAGCCAGAGAUGUUUAUAAACAGAGGCAGCACGAUGAACCUCACCUGCGUGGUGCGUCACAGCCCGGAACCGCCGACCGCCAUUUACUGGACUCACGAUCACGAGGUGAUCAACUACGACAGUCCACGGGGCGGUGUGUCGGUGAUCACGGAGAAGGGCGAGGUGACGACCUCGUAUCUCCUGGUGCAACGCGCGCAGCCCGCGGACAGCGGACAGUACACUUGCCACCCUAGCAACGCCAACACGAAGACCGUCUUGGUGCACGUACUUAACGGGGAACAUCCGGCGGCCAUGCAGCACGGAGGACAGCUCAGACUGGCGAACCUGCCGUUCGUGAUGAUCUCGACGACGCUGCUCGCCUUCCUGAAUCAUCGCUAUUGAGCCGGGGAUCUCGUCGUGGUGCGCUCGUGACGGGAAGGAGACGAACGGAGAGAACAACGGCGAAACAAAGAACAUCGGGACGCCGAAGUUUUCUACGAAUCGACAGGUCGCGCCGACGCCCCGACCGAAUUUCGGGGAGGUCCGGGAUCCGUGAACCGCGCCGGAACGGCUGUUCCGUGGAUCGAGACGAUUUCCGGGCGAUUACGAGCGGUUUCCGGCGGUUACGCGGAUCAAUCGAUUAGGGGAAGAUUGUAUUCGGUCGGCCUCGUGCGGCCGCCAUCGCGAGUUUCCACGGAGACGAGAUUGUCACGCUCGGUGAGCCGCAAGUUGAAAAAUGGAACGUAAAGCGAUCCUUAAGCUAGGUUCUAUUUGGCGAACGCGGCGGGAAUAGUAUGGAAACGACACCGGCGUGGUCGCGCGAGGGGGAUGGGGAAGAGACGCGAUUGGACAAGACUGCGGCACGAGCGGUAAAUGUAUUAUAUGAAACCGUGCUCCGUUAUAACGAGUAAAGUAAGAGACACGCGACGCUCCGAGUGUCGCGGAAUUGAGGAUUAACCGUCUCGGUAUAAGAAUGUAUUGUUUAAAAUCCUGUUUCCUCGUUUUCUCCGGUCGACGAGCCGCGACUUCGAUUAUUCGCGUGCUCCGAAACGGCGGCCAUCUUGAUCGGCGCAAGCCUCGAAUCGAUUAUUUCCGCGGCGGAGCGUUGCGAGAGCCGACCUCACGUUUUCCUCGGACUACCCCGUUUGAUCUAAAAUUCUGGGACACUUCGUAUUACGGGCGUCGAAUCGAUGCCGAGGGAAACCGAAGGGAACGUCGACCGACCCGCCGGAAGACGCGGACCGACGCCAUUUUGCUCGCGUCACGGUCAACAGACAAUACAUCGCGCUCGCCGGAAAAAGAGAAGAGAAAUGCGAAUAAUCAUUUCUAAUCGUUCCCUUUACGACCGGACGUGUUCCGAACUUUCGAGCGUUGCUCGCCGUGAAUCACGGCGCUCUCGUAUCAUCGGUGGGGGAGCGGGGAAAAACGGCGAUUCUUUACCCGAGCGAGCGCCAAUUCCAUUUGUCUUCGAGUAAAAACCGUCUGUAAACGAACAUCUUCUUCUUCCGGGAAUGCAAUUUGUAUCAUUCGGCCGCGCGAGGCCGCACGGGCGCGAUCGGAGGUCGCCGGCAUCCGGCCGGCCGCGAGGAAAAGCGUGAAAAUCGUCUUCCACCGCGUAAAUCGAGUGUCCGGAUUAGGGGUUCCGAAAUAAAUCUGGAUUAUCUCGGGAAUUCGAGCCGGACGCGCGGCGAGGGCCGCGACUCUCGAGCCGGAGGCGGACGGGGGCUCGAUUCCGCUUUCGUUUCGCGGAUAAGCGAAACGAGACGAGAGCGCGCCUCGAACAUAAUGGACCGUGCACGUCCUGGAGUCGAAUUCGCGAGGACCGCGAGUUCGAAGGCAGCUAAGCUGGACUCUGUCGGUGCUGCCGCGGACAGCCCGCAUUAACGCGUCCACGGAGGCGUCGCCUGGAAUUAGUUAAAUAAAUCCGGUGGAGCGAGCGCGCGUGUUCCUUCGACGACGCCCUCGUCGUCGCACGGGUCACGGGUUCGCGUGUAGCAGCCGAGUUGAUUAACGCGCGGGUCGUUAAAACCGGUAGUCAAAACCGACGUGACCCACAUGCGAAUUCGUGAACCCUCGGCGGAACGUCGGCCUCACCCGCGGAGAUGGGUUACGGAUAUUAAAAUCGACCUGGUCCUGGCAUGGCUCGCGGACUCCUUGGGCGAGACCGGUCGACCCAUUUCUGUGGGCCGCGGCGAACACGCCGGGUGCCCUAUUCUAACGGGAGCGGGAGGGCGUAGCGCCGAGCCUAAGGUGUAGGUUAAAACGCGAAGCGUAAGAUUCCGAAGUUUAACUGGAUAGAGUUAAGGGGCGACUUUUAUCGACGUCGAUUCAUCGGGUACGAUCGACGGGCUGACCGGGGUUGCGAGUACGCUCGGCCGCGACCGGGAACAUCGCGAUCCACGAUAUUUUUGGGCGUCCGAGCUCAGGGUAUACUUCCAGCACUGUGAAUCCGGUGGACGUAGAAUCGGAAUUUAUAAAAAGUGUUCAUCGUGUAUUACAUUCCAUUUCGUCGUCGGUGUAACAUGUACAGGCACACAGACACAAGCGGAAUGAAAGAGAAGAAGAAGAAGAAGAAGAAGAAGAAGGAGGAAAACGAUACAUACAGUUACAGAUACACGCACCUACAUACAGAGGGGAGAGAGAGAGGUACACACAGCAUCGUAAAAUAACGCGAGGAAUCGGUUGUUAGAGAUGUAACUCUAUACCUACGUUGUAUAUCGGAUAAGUCAAGCUGUAUUUACUGGACUGUUACGAGCGAAUCAUUUUUUCAUCUAUCGUUGAAACCGAGGUAGGGCGACGGCGGGACCCGCCGGGGAACGAAAUUGAACGCGUGGACCUAAAUUGAGGAACGUUCCAAUUGGACCAGAAUCACGACUGUUGUAUUUCCUUUAGAUAAGUUUUCAACGGGACGAACGGCGACCGUGUACGUUGUUGAUGUAUCCGGGAAGGGGGGGGUUUUUCCGUUUUGUAACCGUGCGCCGUGCGUGAGUUGUUGAGUGAAUGCGAAACGCUGGUUAGGGACUGUACGAGAAUGUAACGGGCGAAUGGAGAACAAAGCGAUAUUUCAAUAAUCAAAAUAAGGGAAAAUGAAUUCUAACGGUUACACAUGUUUCAGAGAUUAAAUUGCGUAAGUAGUUUUUAAGCUCGUUAUACGAAAUGAGAAGGAAACCUAAACGCUGUUUACGUUGUAGCUGAGAAUUAUUUCUGUUGAACGACACGCAAUAUACAAUGAUUCUUUUAUGUAACUACUUCCCUCUAUUUCUCUGAUCAACUUUACCAGAUUGAAAUAAAAAUUGUCAGUCCAAUAACAGGAAAGAAUGAUUUAUAAUAUUAUUAAUAAAAUUUUAUCACGUA